AUGCUAUUUGUGGAUUUUAAAGCAGCAUACGACUCAAUAGAUAGAAAUAAAUUGUGGAAUGUAAUGGCCCGGAUAGGAAUACCAGAAAAGCUUAUAAGAAUGAUCAAAACGUGCGUACAAGGCUCUAAAUGCAAGGUGAAUUUUGGAGGAGACUAUUCAAAUGAAUUCCUAGUGUCGACAGGUCUCAGACAAGGAGACGCUUUAUCACCGGCUUUGUUUAACAUUGCCUUAGAGUCAGUGGUGAGACAAGUCCUUUGCAAGGCGAAAGGAAUAAAAAUCAGUGAUAACCAACAGCUUGCAAUUGUAGCCUAUGCUGAUGAUCUAGUGUUAACUACAGAAAAUGAGGAAAGUCUAAAACAAUCUGCAAAAGAACUAAUAAGGAUAGGGGCAGAAAUCGGUCUUAGCGUAAACGAAGAGAAAACAAAAUAUCUAAUAUUAGUAGAACACUUCAAAUACCUUGGAGCGUGGGUGAAUGAAAACGCGAAUAGUCACGAAGAAAUAAAAGAGAGGUUGAUAGCAGCAAACAGAUGCUACUUUGGACUAUCAACACUUUUCAAAUCAAAAUUACUCUCAAGAAGAUCAAAGAUAACAUUGUACAAAGUUUUAAUUAGACCCAUAGUACUAUACGCAUGCGAGAAAUGGGCAACCACCAAAACGGAUGAAAACAAAUUGGGUGUUUUUGAAAGGAAAAUACUCCGACAAAUUUAUGGACCAAAAAAGAAUAAUGUAGGCGAGUUUGAAGUCAGGACAAAUGAAGAGUUAAGAAGUUUAUUUGGAGAAGCCAAUAUUAUAGGAAUUAUGCAGAGUUAUAGAUUAAGAUGGGCAAUUCAUGUUUGGAGAUCGGAAGGAAUACUGGGGAACAUAACGAGAUGGAGACCGAGCACGAAACGGCCCAGAGGACGACCCAGACAACGGUGGGCAGAUAGAAUUAAGGAAGACCUCAGAAUAAUAGGGAUAGAGAAUGGAGAAGAAGUGUCAAGGGACAGGGAGAAACGGAGGGAUGUUGUUGAUGCGGCAAUGGACCUUAAUGGUCUUUAA